GCCUUCUCCUCCUUGCUGAACAAGGUGCACCUCCGACCCGCCGCCAUGUCCUGCUACGAUCUGUGCCGUCCCUGUGGCCCAACCCCGCUUGCCAACAGCUGCAACGAGCCCUGCGUCAGGCAGUGCCAGGACUCCCGCGUGGUGAUCCAGCCCUCUCCCGUGGUGGUGACCCUGCCCGGCCCCAUCCUCAGCUCCUUCCCCCAGAACACCGCCGUGGGAUCCACCACCUCCGCUGCUGUUGGCAGCAUCCUGAGUGAGGAGGGAGUGCCCAUCAACUCCGGGGGCUUUGGCCUCUCUGGCAUUGGUGGCCGCUACUCUGGCAGAAGGUGCCUGCCCUGCUAGAGCCGGGCUGGACGUCCCGUGAGUGCAUCGACCAGGAACCCAAAGCCAGGUGCCGGACUGAGGAUGGAGCUGCUGGCCAGAGUUUCCAGAGGGGCUGAGCACCCUCGUGCCCUCCUGCAGACGAGGGAGGGAAGCAAGGUGCCAGCCUGUGCUGGCUGGGAACACGGCCAGCUGAUGUCUUCUGCUUCUCCUGCU